GGGGGAUGGGGGGGAGGAGUCUAUAAAGGGGUCAGUUGGUACCGAACAGUAACUACUUUGGAAUCCCCCACUCCCUCCCUAUCAUAUUUUUAUUGCCCACUUCUACAAUUCUGCUUUUGGCUCUAGAACCUUUUGAGGUUUUAGCCUUGCUAGAACGGCAUUGUACGGGCUAUCUUAGGGAUUAGCUGUUCCCCUGUAAUUAGUUUCCCCCUGGAAGCUUUCCACGUUUACCCAACUUAUUCCAGAUUUAGAUCUCUCCUCUUCAUUUCUUUGGAAGGGACAUUAAACAUGGACCAAUUCCCUCUUAGCUCUUUUGUCGUUUUAUAGAGGAAGUAGCUAAGUUAGUCGAGAGACUGACUUGCUCACAGAGUUCGCAAAACCGAGAGAACUCCAGUUUCUGGCUACCAGCCCAAGUAUCUUUCCACUGCACCUGCCUAUACAAUACAGUUCCAUUUGAUAUCCCUUAUGUUUCCUGUGGUCGGAAAUAAGGACCAAAUUCGUUUUCUUUCCCAAGAAUUAGCUGCUCUAAGUUUCCAGUUGGUGCUGGAUCUAGGAAAAAGUUCCUUCUGUUUUAGGAUCUACCUCUAUGGACCCCGGUGGCUCAGUGGGGAUCUCAAAGCAUUGUGUAAAGUCACUAGGGGGGCACAUAGCUGGCCUAGAGAAGGCUUGCAUUCAGUGAAAGCCUGAAUAUGAUUGUAGGAAGGCUGCCUCAACACCAGCACACUUACAGGCUGAGCUCAGGGUCGGUAAGAACCCUGGAUUUUUCGGGGUGACCACAGGCCUUUCUAGGACUUGUCUUUCCCUCCAGUUCAGCUAGUCUUCUUUCCUGGAGCUGCACCACCCCUGGUUCAGGGUUUCCAGGGCUCCGGGGGAUACAAACAGGAGGAGGAGGAGAGAGGGAGGGUGGAGGAGUGAGCUCAGCCUCCCUCCUUUGCCAGUAGGGGGAGGAGGAGGGGUCAGGGAUCGAGUCGCCAGCCCAGCCUGCCAGCCAGUCCCGCACUCUGCUAGGACGCAGCGCCGCGGCUGGAUCGAUCGGAAGAGCCUCUUGCCCUUGCCUCCAUCAUCCAGCCUUUCCCAGGCCAACUUCCAACAUGACGGACACCUUGCCGCCCCCGACCCGCAAACCCUUAGACGAGGAGGGAGAAUGCUAUUUCCGAAAGGGUUGUAAUCCCCUGGCUCAGACAGGGAGAAGCAAACUUCAGAAUCAAAGGGCUGUGUUAAACCAACAGAUCAUGAAAGCUGUUCGGAUGAGAAAUGGUGCUGAAAAUCUUUUGAGAGCAACCACAAACAACAAAGUUCGAGACCAGGUCCUCUUGGAACUUAGUUACGUAAAUUCAGAUCUGCAGAUCUUAAAGGAGGAAUUAGAAGGACUUAACAUCUCUGUGGAAGUUUACCAGAACACAGAAGAGACAUUUACAAUUCCCCUGAUUCCCCUUGGCCUAAAGGAAACCAAAGAAGUUGACUUUUCAGUCCUUCUUAAGGAUUUUAUUCUGGAACAUUACAGUGAAGAUAGUUCUUUAUAUGAAGAUGAAAUUGCAGAUCUUAUGGAUUUAAGACAAGCUUGCCGCACACCUAGCCGAGAUGAAGCUGGUAUUGAAUUGUUAACAACAUAUUUCAUUCAGCUUGGUUUUGUUGAAAACAGAUUCUUUCCACCCACUAGGCACAUGGGAAUUUUAUUUACAUGGUAUGAUUCCUUAACUGGAGUUCCAGUCAGCCAGCAGAAUUUGUUGCUGGAAAAAGCUAGUAUUCUUUUUAAUAUUGGUGCUGUCUAUACGCAAAUUGGGACCCGAAGUAACCGACAGACACAAACAGGGCUGGAACAUGCUGUGGAUGCCUUUCAGAGAGCUGCAGGAGUUUUAAACUACCUAAAAGAAACAUUUACUCAUACACCAAGUUAUGACAUGAGCCCUGCCAUGCUAAAUGUUCUGGUCAAAAUGAUGCUAGCACAAGCUCAAGAGAUCAUCUUUGAGAAAAUUAGUCUUCCUGGGAUCCGAAAUGAGUUCUUUACCUUAGUGAAAAUGGCCCAGGAAGCUUCCAAGGUUGGGGAGGUUUACCUGCAACUUCACUCAGCUAUGAGUCAGGAGCCAGUUAAAGAGAAUAUCCCGUACUCUUGGGCCACUCUGGUCAAAGUGAAAUCUGACCAUUACAGAGCUCUGGCUCACUACUUUGCUGCCACCCUUCUGAUUGAUCAUCAGUUGAAUCCUGGAGAUGAUGAAGACCAACAGGAAAAGUGUUUGUCUCAACUGUAUGAUCACAUGCCUGAAGGAUUUACCCCUUUGGCAACAUUGAAAAACAAAAAUGAUCGGAAACAACUAGGGAAAUCCCAUUUACGUAAAGCUAUUGCUGAUCAUGAAGAAUCUGUGAGGGCUGCCAGCCUGUGCAAAAAGCUGAGAAACAUUGAGAUUCUUCAGGAAAUCUUGUCUGUUGCUCACAAGAGGUCUCAUCUCAAAUACUCUCAGCAUGAACAAGAUGAUGAUUUUCUGAAUUUAAUAGAUGCUCCAGAUAUUACCUCUAAAACAGAGCAGGAAGCUGAGAUGAUGGCCCCACAGUUUUCCAAGGUGGUAGUGACAGACUUCUUCCAGAAGCUGGGCCCUUUAUCUCUAUUUUCAGCAAAUAAGAGAUGGACAGCUCCUCGAAAUAUUCAUUUUACCACUGAAGAAGGAGAUUUGGGAUUUACCCUCAGAGGAGGUUCCCCUGUACAAAUUCAUUUUCUGGAUCCAUACUGCUCUGCUGCACUGGCAGGUGCUAAAGAAGGAGAUUAUAUUGUUUCUAUUCAAGAUACAGAUUGUAAGUGGUUGACAGUAAGUGAAGUCAUGCAAAAACUGAAAGCUUUAGAGGAGGAAGAUAUUGAGAUGAAAGUUGUCAGUCUUAUGGAUUCAGCAUCUUCUAUGCAUAAUAAGUGUGCUACCUAUUCUGUGGGAAUGCAGAAGACGUACUCCAUGAUCUGCUUAGCCAUUGAUGAAGAUAAAAUUGACAAAAGCAAAAAAAUCUCCAAAAAACUGUCUUUUUUAAGUUGGGGAACCAACAAAAACAGGCAGAAAUCAGCUAGUACUCUCUGUCUCCCAUCAGUUGGGGUGGCAAGACCCCAGAUCAAGAAGAAACUUCCUUCUCCCUUUGGUCUUCUCAAUACAGAAAGUUCACUGUAUUAACAUUUCAGCAAAUGAAGCUAUUUCUCACUGCUGAGUAGCUCUCAAUGUAUGUGCCAUAAUGUGAAAUUUAUGAAUAUAUUUAAACCUGUUUUCCUAGAUUUUAAACUUGCAUGUGGCAUUUGCAUACUAAACUAAAGUGCCAAAACUGGAUUUAUAGAAGGCAUUUAUUCUGUCGUCUAUUUGAAGUGUGUCAAUUUUGGGUACAAGUUAUUUAUUGCACAUAGUAAUGCAUAUAGAAUAGUGUUGAAAAUAUGAAGGAUAGUCUUCACAGACUAAUUGUAUUACUUUUCCCUAUAUAAGUUUUAAAUUAAUAUUACCUAUAUUUACUCUAUUUGUAAUAGAUUUAGAGUUUGGGGAAAAAAGAGAAAAUCUUUUAAUUUUCAUUCAGACAAAUGUUAUAUACAACAUGGCAGCUAGUAUCUAGACUACAGUAGUGGAUUUGACUUACUGUUAUAAAAAUAGUUCAUACUCAGUGACAAGUUUUACUUUGAUUGCUAUAUAAAGUGAAAGACAAAUCUGCAUAUUUUUAGCAUAGCUGCAGGUUCUAGAUACAAUCUAGUGCCAAAUCUCAUGAUUUAUAUUAUAUAAUGUGUUAAGACUCCAGUAGCAGAGGCUAUUUAGAACCAGCUUCAAUUUUACAUAUUGUUUAAAAAUAAUUUUCACAUUGCUAACACACUAGUGUUAGAUGAAAAUGCCAUCUACAGGGUAGAUAUUAUACUGUUUGAUACUCAAAACAUUUUCCAUUUUGUUUAAAGUAGGAAAGUGCAUAAAUGCACCUUGAUUAAACUGGCUAAAAACAGCCUAUUUUAACUUUUCUUUGCAAUAAAUAUAUAUGACUAAAGUUUAAAGCUCUAUGUAAGACUUUUAAAAUCUAAAUGCUUUCUAAUAACUUUUUUUUUUGCUAUGUACCUGAAUAAUAUAGGAACCAUAAAAAAUUCAUUGUAGACUGAAUCGUAAUUGCUAAACAUGCCAUUAAUACCUUUAAUACAAGUUUCCAAGUUUUAUUUUCAUCAGAAAAGUUUUAAGGGAGCAUCAUGAGAAUGUAUCCAAACAGUGCCUUUAGCAAUACAUUUGUAGAGGCUUAUAUAUUUAAAUAAAUAACUAUUCAUUUA